CUAUUGACUCUACAUGGAUUAGCUCCAACCAUUAUCAAGUCUGUUAGGGUCAACGAAGACGGCUGUGUUCGUGAAACGGUUUCUGUUGUGUGUUGAAGCAUGAAAAUACAACGAAGAUCAGUCAUGAGUGUGCUGCUUCUUUUGUGUGCAUGUUUCGCCCUGGUAAGCUGUGAUCCGCUAGCGCCUUUGUAUUACGAUGAAGAACCGAUACCAAAUCGCUACAUCGUCAAGAUCAAGGACAAGCAUGCAAGAGCUUUUCUGAAAGGUGAAUUCAAAGAGCAACUGACGCGAUCUGGUUUUCCAAACGCCAUCAAGAGAACAUCUAACGUCUUCGGUAUGGCAGUUGUGGAUAUGCCAGAUGAUCAAGUAGAUUCGGUUCGUUCCAUAGAUGGUGUCGAGUAUGUUGAGCAAGAUGGACGAGUAUACGCGGACGUCGUGGGAUCGUGGGGACUGGACCGUAUAGAUCAGGACGAUCUCCCCCUCGAUGAAAAGUUCAACCCCCAAGGUGACGGCACUGGUGUUCACGUCUACGUCAUCGACGGGGGAAUUCAUUACACCCACGAGGAAUUCGGAGGCCGCGCCCACUUCGCUUACGACAUCUACGACGACGGUCGGGCGGGACUGGAUUGCACGGGGCACGGCACGCACUGCGCUGGUACAGUGGGUGGGAAGACUUACGGGGUGGCUAAGAAUGUCACUCUGUGGUCGGUGAGAGUGCUGGGAUGCAGUGGGUCUGGAACAAAGUCAGGAGUCAUGGAAGGAAUGGACUGGGUUGCCGUCCACGCCAAGACUCCUACCGUAGUCUCCAUGUCAGUCGGUGGUUCUGCCUCCACCGCUCAGAACAUGGUGGUGGCCAAGAUGCACAAUGCGGGCGUCACUGUGGUCGUAUCAGCGGGAAAUAACGAUUACUCAGCCUGUCGUAAAUCGCCCGCAAGUGCCGAAAAGGCUAUUACUGUGGGUUCCGUGACGAAAACCGACGCUCGAUCAUACUUCUCAAACUACGGCACCUGCGUUGACAUCUUCGGUCCCGGUAGUUCCAUCCUGAGUGCUGGUAUCAAGUCCGACAGAGACGUGGCUACCAAGAGCGGAACGUCUAUGGCUACCCCUCAUGUCGCGGGUGCAGCCGCUUUGGAACUGGGCAGGAACCCCAACUUGACCCCUUCAGAAGUCAAAGACAACCUGAUCAAGAAAUCAUUGAGGGACAGAGUAGCCAAUCCGGGACCAGAAUCGCCCAACUUGUAUCUCAGAAUAUAAAGAACCCGUUUGCAUUGAGGUUUCCCUUGAUUCAGUGUCAUUUGCCGCUAAUAAGAUUGAUACCGCCGAUGGGGGGGGGGGGGGGGGGG